AGAAGCAGCCGACUCUUUGCUCUUCCAACGCACGUAUACAUGUACUGGUUGAUGCUCAACACAGCUUUUUCCUCUCUUCACUCCAGCUGUGCAAUUCACGCAACACCGAAUCGACGCCGCACUUUUUGCUGUUGCUGCCGUUGUCGUUGUUGUUGUUGGUGUGCCACGUAAUUAUUAUUAUUAAUAAUUAUUAUUAUUUCAAAGUGAGUUGGUCAGUUCGCGUAAUCGGAUUACUGUUGUGCUGCUCGCUUGGUAAAGGAUGUCCUUUUUUCCAUACACGCACACACACACACACACUUUCACCCGUAAAUAAUAGAAAGAGUAGCGUAGUAUGAUAGACAGCGGUGAUGCCUCACCAGCGUUUUCGUCGAGCGAAGCAGCUCGGCAUUUCGCGCCCGUAACGGAGGAAGCGCCGCGACGAGCGGCACCCGUGUCAUCACCACCCACGACAGCAUGCAGUGUCAGCACGGGCGUCUCCUUCGCGCAAACAAACGGUAGGUCUGGCACGAUCGCGUCGGAUGCUCCUUCACGCGGUGCUGCGGCGUCCUCCUCAGCACACCUGCACCCUUCAGUGGUGGCGCCGCCUGUCUCUUCCGGUGUCGCACCGUGUCGUCCACACGCCAGCUGCACCGCGGAAGAACGCACACGCAAGACGAGUCCAUCUGCUUCGACGCUACGCCGUGGCACUCACUGCGACGAGUACGCCGCGACCGCCGCGACGGAGGGCGGGAAUAGAAAAGGGCCGAUAAUGCUUAGCGAACGCAGCGGAGACGCGAAGCGGCAUCGCCACGGCGGGUCCGAGGCGACAGUUCAUGGUGUGGUGGGUGAUGGUGGGCGCGUUGGCGCGUGGAAGCUGGCGGCGGCGGCGGCGUCGACGAACGCGUCACGCGCAGCGCUGGCAACUCGGUCGUUUCCGCAUAUUCCGCUGCAGUCCCCCGUGAGUCCGUCAUCGCCGUUGGGCAUUGGUGGGGGUUGCCUUUCCACUGCGGUACCGGUGCAGCGGCUGUAUCGCGUGCCCGCCGCCUUCUACGGUGGAGGACCUCUGCCGUCUGCCCCCUCCUUCGUCGCAACCGCUGCUGCUGCUGCUGCUGCUGCUGUUGGUGGAACCCGCAGCAGCAACAACAGGAGUUAUGUGCUGCCAGGUGUUCAAGAGUCGGACGUGUUCGGAGCAGCCCCACGGCGGCCGCCCUCCGCACCCGUGGAGGAACGCGUGCGGAGGGCGGCACAAGCCUUCGCGAGCGAUACGAGAGGAAGCUCUGCGGUGCGGUUGCUGCUUGGCGGCGAGGCAGUCCAGCUAGACGAAGACAGCGGUGUGCGGGUGGAGCGCGGGUAUCGCUGCAUGUCUUCCGCGUCUCCUUCCUCGUUCUACGAUUGUGAGGAGAAGUGCGGACAUCCAUUCAGCAGCAACGACCCAGCUUCCAUGGCACACCUCGACGGCUGUCACGAGGGCGGGGCUGUGCCGCUGCUCGUUGGUGCAAAACGGCGUCGCGGCAGCGCACGUGGCUUCUCCCGUGCCGCAUCCGUCGCCAACAGCAUUUCGUUUGGUGGCGGUGGUGGAGGAGGCGAAAACGCACCCUCACGCGAUUCCACCGCCGCCUCACGUCUCUUCCCGGGCUCCCCGGCUGCCUCGUCUUUCUCUCGUUUUCAAUCCCCGCAGUCGCCCGCUAUCCCGCCGCUGACAAUAAGCGGCACCGGGGUGGCGUCGUUGUCCUCUUCGAUUUCGGCCUUCGCGCGAUCUGCAAACAACAAGACUAGUAGCACUGCUGUGCUCGCCACGACGGUAGCGUCGGCUGCUGCGGCGAGUGCGGCGCCGGCAUCGCCCUCGCCGUUUUGUGCUCUGGUGGAUGUGUUCUCGGAGGAGCAUGCGGGCCUGACGGCGCUGACAACGGCAAACGCCAGGAAGAGGGGUGCAACGACGAGUGGGUCGAAGGAGGCUUCGUCCGCCAAACCGGAAAGUGCUUCUGCGGAGGCGGUUUUAAAAGCGCUGCCGUGGCUGCGUCUUUGGGUCUCAGGAGGGCUGUCGAGGUGUCUGGCCGCGCAGCUGGAGCGCGAUGUCGAUGUGCUGCUUGCGAGUACCGUGGUGGAAGGGACUCCGAGUACGGGAGAGAGCUCUUCGCGGACCGGCGUAGCAGCAGCAGCAGCAGCAGCAGCCCUCACGGGAGUCCGCACAUCGGGCGUGGAGAGGCGACGCAACGAGGGGUCGGAUGAACACCUACGUGCUGCGGGACUCGUCAACACGACACACCCACCGACAGCGACACGCCCUCCGCCCACCCUUCAUGAAGCUCUUCUGCAGUUGUUUGACCUGCUGGAGCACCUGGAAGCGCAAGUUGUGGAUGUCUUCACUUCUGCGCUUCUCGCCCCCGAUGCGGAAAGCCACCGCACGCAAAGCCCCCGCGCAUCUUCACCAGCGCGGCUGAUGUCGCCUCGCCAAGCAGCAGCAGCAGCAGCGGCAUCUCCUUCCUUCCCCUCCAGCCCCCCACUGCGUGUGAAGGACGUGUUCGGCCUCGUGGUGCAACACUGGUGUGACGUGCUGCUGCCACGCUGGCCGAGUGACCUCAUUGCACUCGGGUAUGUGGAGUGGUGGCUGCGUCACCCCGUGUGGGGCAAGCUGAUGGUGUCCGCCGCCGAAGGCUCGGCUGCGGUUGCCACACACAGAAGCGCCAGAACAGGCGCCGCGCCGACAGAAGACACCGCUGGGGGAGUGGAAGCCGAGGCGCCGGUAGUGACACGCAGCCGCACGGCGCCGCGACUGGACGAAGCCGGCCAGCAGCAGCAGGAGGGGCACCUUCAUCUCCUUCAGGAAGUCCUUGCGGCGUCCAGCAGCGAAGGCAUGCAGCGUCUUUUCGACACCGUGGUGGACGCGUUUAUUGGGUCCGUGCAGGAGCUGCUGCGGUGCUUUCGUAGCAUCGGCGCCGUCGCCGCGUCUGCGCAUAGUGCCCUCGACGACGGGAACCGUUGUGUUGGUCGACAAGUAGAUGUGCUGGUGAGUGAGGAUACGUAUGGGGUGUGGAACGCACGGUGUGGCUCGGCGGGCCGCCGGUGCCGCGAGCUGCUCCGCCUGCUGGUACGUCUCUAUGCUGAGCCUCCCACUACUCUUCAGCGGGUGCUUUCUGAGGCUGCGCCGUCAUCACCGUCGUCGUCCCCCACGCUUGCCACCGUCGUGGGUUUAAAGGCGACCGGGACGGCACCCGCAAAAGAGGCGACAGAAGAUGAGGAGGGCGGCAUCAGCCGCAGCAGCGCCGCAUCGCCCGCGUCGCCGGCGAAUGGAAGCGGUACACGGGCAGAGGAAGGUCGGCCGCCCAACACACCGUUUGAAAAGGCCGCAGCGCCGUCUCAACCGCCGCCGCAACGUCAUCCAGCGGACGAGCGAGCCCGCGUGCGUCAGCUCCACUAUCAGCUGUUGUACGCGGUCUGCCGUUUGUGCAGUGCGUUGCCGCUCUCACGGGAGAGUGGGCCGGAGAGCUACGCAGGCGCGGAGUCUGAGAUUCGAAGCGCAGCGAGUGCGUGGAGGGUGGACCGCGUACUUCCGCGUUCGCCGUCCUCCUCCGGCUUUUCUCCUUUAAGUGAUAUCGAUUGUCUGGAGAUGUUCGCCACGGCGGUGCAGCUGGCGGCUGCGGUGGCGGUGCCGCUGAGCAGCACGCAGCUCCCCAUGAAAGGCGACCUGCUGUGCGUGACGAGUCGACUGGCUCAGCAACGGUUGCUGCUGCUUCAGCGUGGGUGGCUGCGUGAGCGGGAGUACGCCCUCUGCAUGGCGCACCUCAGUACCCUCUUGACGCAGUCAACGUAA